UACAUACCCUGUUGUUCACUAAGUGGUAAUCGCAAGAGCCCAACCGAGAAUCGUCCCGCCCGACGUCGCGAAUCUAUUUUUGAGCAGGGGCGUGUCCCGGCUUUUGACUGCUAUCGACUUUUCUACACUCUACUUGCGACAUCUAAUAUUUGAAAAUAUUAGCAAUCAAUAGCCAUUAAAUAAUAUCGGCGUGAGCGUCGACAGGUCGAGCGACCACCUCCUUACUUCCGCCCCCUCCUGCGGUUUUUGCUCGUACUUGCAUCCUUUGGCCGCAACACCGGCCAAUAGCCGUUCGAUCCAACCAGCAUCUCGCAGCUCUGUCGCGGCUGCUAGCGCAUCCAACAUGAACCAGGCAAGCCAGUACGGAGCCGCCCCGAGACGAACUAAUACAUAUGGCUCUCAGCAUGAUGAACUCCAUAUCUCUUCUGCUAUGAGCCACAGCGGCCAAAUCUCUCCGCGGGACUAUACUACCGCCUCCGCUCCGCACAUCCAGCUCGACCAACCCGCAUCGCAACCCGUCAAUCCUCAGUACCAAACUUCGGGUGUGCCCAACGUCCUUCAACCUGGAGGACUAGGCCCCGUUCGUCCCCCCGCUCUGAGUGCCAAUACCGCACCUACCCUACCCACCAUGUCCGGUGCCAUACAACACUCUCCGAGCGAGUACGCUUCGCCGUCCAAGCCACCGACUUUGAGUUUAUCAGCACACGGCUACUCUCGCUCUAGUCCUGCCGGUCCUUACGAGAAUUCUUCUACCUCGUACUCCCCCUACACUCCUACCACCCCCGGAGGAUCCAACCCCGGCUCAUCACAGUACAUGUCGCCGCAAGAUCCUAAAUAUACCGCUCCCGGUUCUCAGCGAAACAUCUCCAACACACCGCUCGGUCUAGCAGACAUUCGACCUCGAGCCGACUCAAGUCUAUCCGACGGCCCGCCCGGUACCCUAGGCUACGAGCUCGCCAAUGUUCAACCCUCUACCAGCAAUUACGUGGCUCCUUGGGCGCUAUAUGCAUUCGACUGGUGCAAAUGGGCUCCCCAAGGCAGGGGUGCCGGCAAGGUUGCCAUUGGAAGCUAUCUAGAAGAUGGCCAUAACUUUAUUCAAAUACUCGACACACAGGUUACCACUACCCCCUCCGAUAUAUAUACCCCCGGUUCGUCUAAGUAUAGCAUGGAAUUUACCAAGGUUGCAGAAGCAACUCAUUCAUACCCCGUUACGCGCCUUCUGUGGGAACCUCCAUCUUCCCAGAAGCAAUCUACUGAUCUCCUGGCUACUUCUGGCGAUCAUCUUCGGCUAUGGUCCUUGCCGUCCGACGCCCAGUCAUCUCAUUCGAACAAUAUAACUAAGCCGAACCUGGGCGCACCCAUAACGAAGCUUACACCAUUGGCACUAUUAUCUAAUUCGAAGACGCCAGACCACACGGCGCCUCUCACGUCGUUGGAUUGGAACACCGUCUCGCCCAGUCUUAUCAUCACCUCCAGCAUCGACACGACUUGCACUAUCUGGGACAUUCCGUCCCUAACAGCCAAGACGCAACUUAUUGCUCACGAUAAGGAAGUCUACGAUGUUCGAUUUUGUGCCAAUAGUGUGGACGUGUUCGUUAGCUGUGGACAAGAUGGGAGUGUGCGAAUGUUUGACCUUCGCAGUUUGGAGCAUAGUACUAUUAUCUAUGAACCAACCGCCAAGGAUGACCGAGACGCGAAUGGUGGAAGGAUAAGCCCGACGCUGGCCCAGCAAACCAUGUCUCACGCACCGCCUCUCCUGAGGUUGGCAACCUCGCCUCAUGACACUUAUCUCUUAGCUACGUUCGCCCAGGAUUCCAAUGUUAUUCGCAUUCUCGAUGUACGACAGCCGGGGCAGGCGUUGCUGGAACUACGCGGCCAUGGUGGAUCCCUGAGCUCGGUUGAAUGGUCUCCCGGAAGGAGAGGACUGCUCGCUUCCGGUGGCGAUGACUGUCAAGUUCUGCUAUGGGAUCUUAUUAACAGUACUCCUACCCCCGGUUCGUCCUCCAACGGCGCCGGUUCGGCAGAGAAACACCUCAGUCCGGUUGCCAGCUGGCAGUGCGACUACGAAGUUGGCAACCUUGGCUGGGCUCCUCCUCUCCACAAUGGAGAGGGUGUCGGCGACUGGCUAGGUGUUAGUGGUGGACGAGGAGUCUGGGGUGUCAAGAUCUGAAGUGCUCUAUUUACGCAUGUGAAAACCCAGUGCAGUUGGAGUACUACAAAGCAAAACCCCCCUAUGCCAACAGCCAUGCUCAGCGAUGAUCUAUAAGCUAGCACUACCCCUCAGAUUGCUAUAUGCAUUUACGAAGCAAGGCGUUAUCUGGGCCUGCAACACGUUUUUGGUUACGAACAAGCCCUUAGAGUUUGUGAGCGAAGGGCAUAGCUGAGCAGGAGACAGUCUAUUGUCGGGUAGAGUAGACUG